GUCUCAGAAGGAAAAAAGUAUGAGAGAGAGAAAGAAAGGAGCGAGAGAAGAUGAAGAAAGUUAAGGUUACGCCUGAGGUGAAUUUACAGCACGAAGGCGGAGACUUUCACUUUGUUCCAAGUCAGAGUGAAAGUGAAAGAGACCUGUAUAAAUAUACCUGUAGUACCAGGCAGCGUCCUCACUCUCUCUCAGCUUCACACACCUGAACAACCUGCCUGAAUCACACCACUCUCAGCAGCAACAUGACAUCUCAAGUGGCAGCACUUCUCUUCGUCGCGACAGUGUGCUUGGGCUAUGCAUCAGCAUUCUCUGAGGUACCCGUGGACUGCUGUCUCCUCACCACUGAGACACGUUUCCCUCGCCACUUCAAGAUGGUCUCCUACCUCCUGCAGACGACAGAGAAAGGCUGUGACAUCGAUGCCACUGUGUUCAUCACUAAGACAGGGGUGAGACUGUGCACGCCCCAUCCCACAAGGAGCAAGUGGGUGGCAGACUACAUCAAACGUCUGGAGCGAACUAUCUCCCUCCGGACAGCUGACACACUUCAGCAGUAAAGGAGG